AGGAUGUCCCGCAAGGUUCGCUGUGAAGAGCAAGAUGAUCUGCAUUAUUUGGAUUCAGAUAUACCUGAACGACGGGAUAACCGAUGCAAAGUCAAGUGGUCCCGGGAAGAGGAUGAGCUGCUGAAUUCACUGGUGACACAGUUUGGACAUGACUGGAAGUUCCUAGCGAGCCAUUUUCCUAACCGCACUGAACAGCAAUGCCAAUACCGCUGGCUAAGGGUGUUAAAUCCUGUCCUUGUUAAAGGUCCUUGGACUAAACAGGAAGAUCAAAAGGUCAUUGAACUGGUGAAAAAAUAUGGCACAAAGCAAUGGACGCUCAUAGCCAAGCACCUGAAAGGCCGGCUGGGAAAGCAGUGUCGGGAACGCUGGCACAACCACUUGAACCCCGAGGUGAAGAAGUCAUCAUGGACAGAGGUGGAAGACCGUAUCAUCUGCGAGGCACACAAGGUUCUGGGGAACCGAUGGGCUGAGAUUGCAAAGUUGCUGCCGGGGAGGACUGACAAUGCUGUGAAGAACCACUGGAAUUCCACGAUUAAAAGGAAGGUGGACAUAGGAGGCUUUCUUAGUGAAACCAAAGAACCAAAGCCCCUCUAUUUGCUGGUGGAAGUGGAAGGCAAAGAAAGCCAAACUGCCCUGGAAGGUGAAAACCAGCAAACCUUUUUAACCAACUGGCCUGUUCAGGCCUUGGACAUCAAAGAGGAGGAAGCCACAGACGAAGAGCCGGUUGGCUUGCAAAUGCUACCUUCGGAGCAACUCGCCGAAAGCCUGGCAGAAGAGCAUAUCCAGGGAGCACCAGGAAGCACGGCACCCGACAGUGCUCUGGAGGAAGGCUCCUCCGCAUACACAUGGGUGGUUGAAGCAGGCAGCUACUUGUGCACCACCGCAGUCCCAGCCAUUACAGAAGCUCUGGACAUGAUCGAAUCUGACCCGGAUGGUUGGUGUGAUCUGUCUCAGUUUGACCUGCCCGAUGACCUGUCUGCAAGUAAUAGCAACAGCCCGGAUAGGCAAACAUCCAUCAAGCCCUACUCCUCCUCGCAGAACGUGACAGAGUACCGUUUGGAUGGCCACACCAUUUCGGAUCUGAGCAAAGGCAGCAAGGGCGAGCUCAUCCCCAUCUCCCCGCGCACGGACAUGAGCUUCGGCACCCCACCUUCCGUACUGAAGCGUCAGAAAAAGAGGAAGAUCAGUCUCUCACCGGUUUCAGAGGGUGGCACCAGCACUAGUCUCUCCUUCCUGGACUACUGUAACAGCAUGACCCCUGUCAAGAGCACCCCUGUCAAGAGCACCCCUGUUAAGACACUGCCGUUCUCCCCUUCCCAGUUCCUGAAUUUUUGGACCAAACAAGACACUCUUGAUCUUGAGAACCCCUCCUUAACUUCCACGCCUGUGUGCAGCCAAAAAGUGAUAGUGACAACCCCACUACACAGAGACAAGACACCGUUGCUCCAGAAAAACUCUGCGUUUGUGACACCUGAUCAGAAAUACACAGCAGACAACACACCUCAUACGCCCACACCUUUCAAGAAUGCGCUAGAGAAGUAUGGACCCAUGAGGCCUUUGCCACAAACACCUAACCUGGAAGAGGAUUUAAAAGAAGUUCUGCGGAGCGAGACGGGUAUUGAGCUCAUCAUAGAAGAUGACGUGAAGCCAGAGAAACAGAAGAGAAAGCAGGGCAUGCACAGGAGUCCCAUGAAGAAGGUCAGGAAAUCCCUUGCCUUAGAUAUUAUGGAUGAAGACUUGAAGCUGACAGUUUCCACCAUGGCCAAACCUGUUUGCUUCAAAAGAACUCAGUCUGUGAACUUCCUUUCGCAGUCCCUAAACGUUUCUUUGUCCAGCAGCAAGCAUGACAACAGCUUGCUCAACAGAGGGUUUGUGCACGUGAAGGCAGAGAAGGUCUCAUCUUCCAGGAGAAUCCAAAGCAAAUACAGGCCGCCUGCUCUGAUGUCCAGUGCUUGGAAAACAGUGGCUUGCGGUGGUUCCAAAGACCAACUGAUCAUGCAAGACAAAGCUCGACAGGUCUUGGGAGUGUUGAAACAGAAUCACACAUCACGAACAUUAAUCUUAUCUUGAAAAAUGUUGUAAACUUUUGUAGCUUCUGAUUUUUAUAUGGAAGUAAGGAGCAGAAGAAGACAAGACAUAAGACUAUUCUCUUCAGUGAGACAAUACUGUUCCCUCUUUGUGCCCCUUGACCUCUGCAAUAGAUGUACUUCAUAAAUUGCUCUAAAUUCUGUGUUCUAAACGGGGUGUAGAAAACGUUUUAUUAUAAUAGAAUAAAUGUCAGGAGCUGGGCAAAAGCCUUCGGCUUUGUUAGAGUGGAGAUGCACCGGUUU